UACGACGGAGUCCGGUGUCUAGGAACUGCAUAGUAGUCACUGUAGCGAGACUGUAAGCUUCUCUGUUGGCGCGGGGACCGGAACAGCUCACGGAAUGCCUCUCACUCUUUGGGUCCUUCGCUCAGGCGUUGAGGAACUCGCUUUCGGACCGGCCGGGUUUCUAGGGGGACAGUAAUUGUGGUAGGACGCUGUGGCGCGGCAGUUUAAUUCUCCGGCGGCGGCUGAUUGAGCGGGACGAGAUGGUCCUGACGGGGCUCAUCAGGAAACUGGGUCAUCAGCUGGCCGAGAUCAGGGCACGCGCUCUCAAGAAUAUUCUCUGCAAGAUUGAGCACAGUUUAAUCUGCUGUGCUGAUCUGGUUCAGGAGAGGCUCCUCUUUCUCCAUUUGCUGGAAUGGUUCAAUUUCCCGUCCGUUCCAAUGAAAGAAGAGGUUCUGAGUCUGUUGAACAGAUUGGUUAAGUAUCCCCCAGCAGUCCAGCAUUUGGUUGACCUUGGUGCAGUCGAAUUCUUAUCUAAACUUCGUUCUAAUGUGGAGCCGAAUCUACAGGCUGAAAUUGAUGGCAUUCUGGAUGGACUUUUUAUUCUUCCUUCAGAAGUUCCUGAACUGUAUUCUGCAUCUUACCAAACCAGUCAAACUGAAUUGCCACAGCAACCUGAAACCUUAACGGGAUAUUUUCCUCAAGACAAAACUACUUUCCAGCAGAUGGAAGUGCCUCCAAGACCUGUGGCAAAUCCGACCGCGAAGUGUUUGAAGUUUUCUACCUUCCCUUGGCUCCCCCUGACCACAGCUGACAGGCAUGUUCUCUCCUCUAAUGAAAGCUCUUUAAGAAGUAGUAACCACACUUUAAUCUGGAACACCUGUGAACUGUUGAAAGAUGUUAUCAUGCAAGAUUUUCCUGCUGAGAUUUUCCUUCAAAGGCCAAAAAUUGUUCAGAGCCUUUUAUCUCUGUUGAAACUGGCCUUUGGAGGAGAUGGAAAACAUCGCCUGGCGUUGCAAUCAGUGUCCUGCUUGCAGCAGCUGUGCACGUAUUUAAGAAACAGACUUAACUUUCACCGAGAUCCAAGUUUUUUCUCUAGUAAACAAGAUACAGUUUCCCAAAAUUCUUCUCUGUCUUAUUGUCAUGAAGCAGGAGUCACUCAUCGUUCCCAGAAUCCUUCUCCAGGAAGCGGCAGCCCUCGGCCUUCUGUGGUGGGACACACAGGCCAGCGACCCCGGGGAGACGGCCAGGAUCGGGACGCCGUGUCUUCCAGUGGAAGUAGUAGUCACGCUCAUGUCAACUCAAGGGUCUCCAUCCCUUCCCCUUUGGACAUGGUGCACCUGGACCUGCCAGAGCUGGAGGCUGAGGACAUGCUAGAGCUGCGGUUCCAGCAGCUGAGCCUGCCCCAGCUCUGCGUCUCCAUCCUGGAGUCUGCCGUUCCUCUCUUGAGAACAGGUAGUAGACAAAUGAUAAUAAGAGUUCUGGAAUUGCUUGCAGAGGAUAUGGUACUUAUUGGUGAAGCGAUUUCAGCAGAUAUCUGGGAUGACAGCAGUCUUUUUGCUAUAGAUAUGAAAAAGAAACUGCUCAUGGUGUUGGGGUCACUUGGAGACAGCAUGUGCUACCAUAAAAGCAACAUCAGUUUGGAACAACCAGAGGCGGUGCUGGUGCACCACAGGAUGGCCUUUGUCAGCAUUUCGCUGUUUGCAGUCCGACUGCUGCAGACGCUUCUCCCUGUUGAAAAGGCAAGCCACUUUUUACCAGAGCCUAUGUCAGCAGCAUUAUUUCUAGUUUCUUUGGACAUGCCUGUUUCUUUGGAAUAUCCAAAUAUUCAUGAAGCUGUUGUGGCCUAUUUGGAACAGCUGAAUUCUGAAAACUACAGUAUUUAUAAACGAACUGCAGAGGCUGUUUAUUCACUUGAGUGUACCUGUAACUUCCUGUCUGAUGUUGGGAAGGAGGGAGAGAAGAAUCUCUUAGAAUUAGUGGAGCUGGCAGAUCAAGCCUUACAUAGCUUUUCCUAUCAUCAGCAUUUCCCCCUAAUAAAGGAAAUCAUCUGCAUUUGUUCAAAGAUCUGGAAAUCUGCACAGGCCAGUCCAUUAUUACAAGGAGAAAGUCAGAAGGUGUUUCUACGUAUGUUGUCUCACCCUUUGCUACAAGUGAAAGUUAAAACUUACCACUGUUGUCUGGAAAUUGUUAAGGAAUGUUUAGGUGUCCAUAAUGUCAGUAAACCUGUGUCUUCCCUUUGUAAUGGAAUUCAUUUUCUACUUCACCCAAAAGUUCUGUACGAAAUCUCUGCGUUUGGUAUUCAAGAGCCCAAAAAUGAGGUGAAUGCCACGGCCAAGGCCAUCCUGAUGCAUCUGCUGCAGGGGCGACUGAGGAUGACAGCACCGACCUGGAACAAGUUUAUCGAGUCUCUGUGUCCUGUCAUCCCAGUGCUACAGGGCCAUGCCGACACAGAGGAUCCUUUGGGUAACUGCAUUCUCCUCCUAAGCAAAGCGAGUUCUGACGCUGGUGAAGGGAUUCUCCCCUGUGCCACCUGGUUAAAGUCCAUACUACGACUCCUGCUGGUGAAAAAGCCGUCGGUCCGGAUGCUGGCAUUAAAGCUUUUAGCAAGUCACCUUACAAGGGAAGAGGGGGCGGAUACCAAGCGCCCUUCAAUCGAUGCCAGAGUUCUCUCCAGAGUUACUAAUUUAUUUAUUGUGAAAAAGCCUAUUGAACUCAAGUUGGAUGACAGAAGAGAACUGAUUAUUAAGUUGGAGACUGUUGAAAAGGUAUAUGACAUCUUUAUCUCAGACGAUAUUGAUCUUAUUUUGAGAAAGUCAGCCGCAGAACAGUUAGCUGUGAUCAUGCAAGAUAUUAAAAUGCAUGCUAUGGUGAAAAAAUUAUGCUUAACUGACAAGAUAAUUGAGUAUUUAAAUGAAUGUGUGAGUCAGGAUGGUGAGGUGGUAGAGUGUCUAGUUCAGCCAAGCCUCACGCUCCUGAGGAAGGUUCUCUGUGCUGACCCAGUCCUGCGUGUUUCCCUCUCCCAACAACCUUCUCUCUUGACCCUGCUAUUCAGAGUUUCCUUGAUAUUUCAUGAAGAUUGUACCGUCGUGACUGAAGUUGGAGCAUUAUUUUGUCUCCUGUUAUUUGAUGAAGUAUCAAGAAUGGAUAUGUGGUCUGAUAAUCCUUCCAAUAAACCUUCUUCACCAUCAGACUUCAGUUUGCCUGUUUCAGUUUCUAGAAGGUAUCAUCUACCAGUACAUGUACUUGGCCACCAUGCUGUGAGUCCUUACUCCAUAGUUUUGCCGUUAUCUGCUGAUUGUUUGGCCUUGAAGCCGGUCUCAGAUAUGCUGAGAAUAGCUUGGAACCUAUCAUGGUAUCAUGGGAGUGAUAAUCUGUUGAAGCAAAUGAACUCUGAAACUAAAAUCCAAGAAUUUUUAGAUACAUUGAAGUUAUCCACUGAGGACACCCUUACUCUGAAGAUGACACACACAGCAAGUGGACUGAAGGACUGUCUCCACUCCAUUGUUCAGGCUGCAGCCCACAGGGAAGUGAGGGCUGCUCUCACGAGGAUGAGUUUUUAUCUUCUGAAUGACAGAUUGUCUUUCAAGGGUGGCACUGGCCCAUGUGGGAUUACCUUGAAGUCCUUGUCUUGGCACACCACACUAAACAGGUUUUUACAAGUACUUCCUGCUUGCACUGAAGAUGAGAAACUGCUAAUAGAUAUCAUACAUUUUCUAAAUAAGUUAUUGAAGGAACAAAGACAAAAUGUAUCCGUAGAACUUCUAAACUGGCUUCUCGAAUUACUUCUUAGACAUAGUCCAAACCCACUAUUGGAGCUGCUGGUUCUGACAGAGUCCCAGGCGCGAGAGGAAGCAGAUGACAUCCGCACCGCCGUCAGGCAGCAGCUCCAGAAAGAACUGGUCGCCCUCUUCAACACCUUGCUGCUCAGUUCCGUGGCGCUUACCGACAGGAAAUGCUUGGAACUUUUUUAUGUUUUCCAAACGCAGUUGGCUCUGAAACUGCUCCAGUGUCUGAGAGUCACAGACGCUCCUCAUUUCUACGGCCUGCCAUCCCUUGAGAGGACCUUACGAGGGAUGGCCCACCUUACAGCAUUUCCAGGAUGGAGCUCACACUCUCCUUUCACAAAGCCACUAGAAAUUUGUGUGAAGUACUUGUCAGGUCUCCUCGAAGUCAUUACUUCUUUUUAUGUGGAGCAUGGAGGAAAUGCUAUGUCCUUCAUGGGAAAAGGUGUCACAAAGAGCACGGUUCUCUGCUUGCUUCACUUAUCCCAUGAGAUGAUGGCCCAGGCCCAGAGCUCGGAGUGGAUGUCACUUUGGUUCUUGCCUUUGCGUAGUCACAGUGAAGAACAUGCUACCACUCAACAGGGAUUGGCUUGGUUGAUUCCGUUGUGGGUUGACCGAGACCCAGAGGUGAGGUUCACUUCACUGGGAUUAGGAUCGGCACUGACUACCCUUGAAACUGGCUGUGUGGCCUUAGCAAACAGUUGUCAAAACAUUUCUGGUGGGCUCUGGGGAACGGUGGUGAACAUUCUUCUGGACCAGUCGGAGUGUAGCAUGGUACGCCGGGAGGCUGCAUUUAUUUUUCAAAAUCUCCUUGUAAUUCCAAUGCCUUCAGUAAUCAUAAAGGAUUAUACUUGGCAGGGCCCCUGUGUCCAUGAUGAGGACUCUGGCCUGUCGCUCAUAGGAAAACCUGCCCUUCAGGCUCUUUUGUACCACUGCCAUUUUUAUGAACAUUUGAAUCAGAUGGUAAAACAUUGUUACCUGGGACGGUAUAUGUUUGAUCCGAAUUGUUCUGCUCUUAAUGGAACUUCUGAAGGCAAUGAUUUAAAUGGUUUAGAUGACUCAUUCAAGUUUUGGAGAGCUCCAUCUCGGAUGUCCAGUCAAGAUCGAGAUCCAAGUUCUCUCUCCACUUUGGAAACAAUGGUGGCAGCUUCGUCGGCAAGUGCUGAAUUUCAGCCGCUAGUGCUCUGCACGGCGCCUCUCCCUGAAGCCUCACAUGACCAGUUUGUGGCUCAAGGUCAGCAUGAAACUGCAUCUCCACGGCUUCCUCAUGAUUCAUCCCUUUCUGCUCCUCUGCCCAGACAGUGUGUUUUUGUCACUCCGCCUCUUCUUUCCGCGAUGUGCAGCCUCCUAGACAGCCUCUUGGCAACGACUCCAGGCGACACUGCAAAUGCUUUUCGACAAGCUCGUCUCAUAGAGCUUCUUUGUAGCGUCGCAGAUGCCACCCUCAUAGAGACAAGCGUCCAGGAGCUCCGGGCCCUGCUGCCUGCGUCACCUCGUGUUGAACACACUCAGGCUCAGGUAUCCUUUCUCCUAGAAUACCUGUCCUCUUUGUCCAGGCUUCUGCAGUCAUGUUUAGUGGUGGAUCCCGACCUUGUGGUUCAGGAUGAGCUUCUGAAGCCUCUUAUCACAAACGUCAUCAGAGUUCUCACCAUAUGCACCAAAGAUAUAUCAGAUAUAGAGUUAAUAUCGGCUUUUUAUCAGACAUGGACACAUUUAUUUAACCUUCUGGCCGCACUCCUGAGGAAAGCUGGCCCUGCCUCUUUCCCAUCUAUUACGAUGGGUCUGGCCAGGUACUGGGCGACGGUGGUCGAUAUGUUCUGCAGAUGUGUGGGUUUGUCUAGCACCUGCCCCACUCUGUGUACUGCCAGCCUGCAAUUCCUUUCUCUUCUCCUGACUGAAGAAGCAAAGACGCAUCUCCAGGAUAAGGACAAAACAAGUUUAUGCCACAGUCCAACGAUGGCUUCACUUCUUGAUAAAACCCAGGAAAGUCAGAAAUCUCUAGAACAACUUAAUGAAGUAAUUCUUCAGUGUUAUGAAGGAAAAUCCUCCAGAGAUGUCCUGAAAAGAGUCGCUGUGAAUGCGCUGAUGUCGCUUCUGGCCGUCAGUAGAAGAGCACAGAAACACGCGCUGAAGGCCCAUCUAAUAGACAGUUGCGUGGAGCAGAUGAAGCACAUUCACGCACAGCUGAACCUGGAAUCUCUGAGGCCUGGGAGGGCAGCACUGAAGAAAAAGGAGGAUGGUUUUAUUAAAGAGUUAAGCAUUGCCAUGCAGCUUCUAAGAAAUUGUCUUUAUCAAAAUGAAGAAUGUAAAGAGUCAGCCCUGGAAGCUCAUCUCGUCCCUGUCUUGCACGCUCUCUGGCCUUGGCUUUUGAUGGAUGAUUCACUGAUGCAAACUGCCCUGCAGCUGCUUUGUGUCUAUACUGCAAAUUUUCCAAAUGGUUGCAGUUCUCUCUGUUGGUCAAGUUACGGACAGUAUCCUGUUCAAGCUGCACAUCGAGGGGCCCCUGGCAGCUCCCUGAUGCUGUGUAUCCUGAAGAUGGCUUCCCAGGUGCCUCUCGAGAACACUGCAGUCCAGCAGAUGGUUUUCAUGUUUCUUUCAAACCUGGCCUUGUCUCAUGACUGUAAAGGGGUAAUUCAAAAAAGUAACUUCUUACAGAACUUUCUGUCUCUGACACUGCCAAAAGGAGGAAAUAAACAUCUCAGUAACCUGACCACUCUUUGGUUGAAGUUCCUCCUGAAUAUGUCGUCUGGAGAAGAUGGGCAGCAAGUGAUCCUGAGGCUCGACGGCUGUUUAGACUUACUUGCAGAGAUGAGCAAGUUCAAGCAGAAGAGCAGCCCUUGUCUACCUCUUCUUAUUUUUCAUAACAUUUGCUUCAGCCCUGCCAGUAAGCCCAAGAUCCUGGCUAAUGAAAAAGUCAUUAGUGUGCUAGCUGCCUGUCUGGAAAGUGAGAAUCAAAAUGCUCAGAGGAUUGGAGCAGCUGCGCUUUGGGCUCUGAUUCACAAUUACCAAAAGGCAAAAACAACUUUGAAAAAUCCAUCAGUAAAAAGAAGAGUGGAUGAAGCAUAUUCCACAGCAAAGAAAACUUUCUUAAACUCAGAAGAAACCCCUCUAAAUGCCUAUUAUUUGAAAUGUCUUGAAAACCUUGUGCAGCAACUUAACUCUUCGUGAGUGCUCUGAGAUGCUUUGCGAAGCCAGCGGCCACCGGACAGGUGAGCCAACCUUGAAGCAAGUUGUGUGUAGACCUGUCCCUGAAGACGUGCUAAGCCUCUGCAUCAAAGGGCAUAGAGAGUCCUGGGAACACAAACAUUUUUUUUUCUAUGCAAUGUGUUUUGUAAAAAUCCUAUUUAUCAGUUAUUUAAUAAAAUAAAAUAUUUUUAGCAACUGAAAAUUGACUAAUAAUUGCUGCUUACAGGCUUUUAUCAGUCUCAUGAAUAUAAAUUUUAGGCAUGGAAAGAAGACAUUGUGUUCUGAUUUCCUUUUUUAAAAAAAUUUUUACAUGAAGUUUGGCUCACCAAUACAAAUCCUUAUUUUUCAAAGCAUACACAUCAGUGAAGGAAUAUUUGUAGUAAACGUGUAUAAUUUUGUGAGUAGCUUCUUUUUGCAAUUUUUAGUGAUAGUAAUUCCUUUCCAUAUGAUUUAUAAAUGUGUUAUAUUUUAUUAUUU